AUGAAGUUACGAUUUUCAGCAAGUAUAUGCAUACUUCCGAGGGAGUGGCAAAGCUGCAGAGAUGAAGCGGGAAGCUGCAAAAUCGACAUUGAUGCGUGCACUAUGAAGACAACACUUCUCACUGGAGAAUGUACCAAACGGUGGCUUGAGAUUUCUAAUGAGCAUGAAUCCAUUGAGGUAACGUCCAAGCUUUGUGGUGAAGUGAUCUCUCUCAGGUAUGAAUCGACGAUUGAUGAAAAGCCUGAGAUUUUUGGUAGCAGGCCUGAGGGUAUUGGAGCGAGCUCGGUCAUAAUUGAGGUAAAGCCUGAGAUUUGUGAUGCAAAUUUUGACGGUGUGGAUGAACCAGCUGUGAAAGAGUCAGAACUUGUUGUUUCUAAGCCAAUGGAAGAUGGGACUGGGUCUGUCGCUUGUCUCACCAUGAAUUUGGAUGAACCAGAGUUGAAGAGAACAGAUUUGGGUUAG